AUGGAAAGAUUUUAUCCAAAUUUCUAUUCUUAUACGAAAUCUCACUACGAACCAUUGCUUUCAAGUCUACUAACAAGAUCUGAACCAGAGCGUAGUGCUAAACUGCACAUUGACUGUAAGGAUAAUGAUGCCAGUGAGGAGAAACAAAAUAGCUCGUGUAGUGAAAGACAAAAUACGAACAUGAAUGAAGUCACUGAGCAACAGAAUUCUUCGGCAUCAUCCAAUAUGCUUCGGCAACGAAUUCAAAGUGUGGAUAGAACAAAAAUGUCACGUAAUCAACUGGCGAAAUGGACGACAACAGAUUCGCAAAGAUGGGCUCGCGAAAAUUCAGACCCUCCAGGCCGUGAAAAGUCUACUGAAGAAGAAGAUCUAACUGGUUCAGUCUUCACCGGAUCUGUACAGUCAUUUAUAUUGCCAUUUACUAGAAUUAAUGAAUACUUAACACCGGAAAUUAACGCUGAAUAUCACAACCACCCUAGAACUUUCGAAAGUGGAAUCAACUAUCUGAGCUUAGUUUCCCGUAAUGAUGUUCGAUGUAACAUCAUUCCAAACUGUCAGCAUUUUCCUGAUCUAAUGUCAACAUCUUUAACAAAGACAAAUUCACCAAUAAAGCGUAAGUCAAGAUCACUGCGUAACCAUUCACGUGAAAAAACACUACCAUGUUCAAAUCAAGACGAUAAAACACUCAUGACGUUAGAUUCUAAUAAUGUGUUCAUCAAUCUAAAUGAGUCCAAAUUACAGAUUGCGACAAAUCAGAAGAGCGUACCCCGUUCUAGAAGAUUACCGUCACCAUGUGUUCGUAUGAAAACACUAGAAACGGAUACAAAUUAUAAUGUAUCUCUCGAAACAGGUCAGAACACAAGCUCCUCAAACUAUGAUCUUCGACCGAAGCGAUUAAUAGAAACAGAACGCAUGGUUAGACAAGAAUUAGCGUCUGCAAAACAGAAAUCAGCAACUUUCAAUAGUAACAAUGGCAUAGACAGAGAAGAUCGGAAAUCAGCGAUGCAGAAUUCACCAAUACCUCUAAAAAAGUCGAGUUCUAGUGAGAGAAGACAAAUAAUUUCUCCAGAUACAAAUACACCUGUGAAUGUUUUAGAAGAAAUAAAUUCAUUUGAAAUGAGUGAUAGUGAGACCGACUUAUCUAGAGGAUUGGAAAGAACUCGAGUCCUAAGGAAAGGUGAUGAUUUAAUCAGAACUGAUGGAGAUUCGAAGUUAGUUCAAUUGAGUUUCAAGCGUGCGUGCAGUUAA